AUCGGAAACGAAACAACAAUAUAGAAUUUGUGAAAAAAAAAUGUGCGUGAGGAUAAUUCUUAAGUUAAGAUUACAUUCCACGCAUGGCAGCGUGCACAUAAAUUUUUUUCCCGGAACACCUGCUGUUUCUGCCAAAUAUUCUGUUUCCGUGUUAGUCACUUAAUAUUUUCUGACGUCAUGCAGCUGGCAGGUUGAAUACGACGUGGCGAUCGAAUAAUAAGUGAAAGACCCUAAAUAUCUAAAAAGGCUUGCCUUUUUCAGUGACUAAUAGUCACGUGAUUCGCAAGAAUGGAGUUCAACUUCACAGAACACCAGCAUGUUAGGUAUAAUCCUCUUAAAGGUGAAUGGAUUUUGGUGUCACCUCAUCGUCUAAAGAGGCCUUGGAGUGGUCAGGUUGAAUCAACUCAUGAAGACCCAAUCCCUCCUUUUGAUCCGAGCAAUCCACUUUGUCCCGGAGUUAAAAGACCUAAUGGGGAGAUAAAUGGACAAUAUGACUCAACCUUUGUGUUUGAGAAUGAUUUCCCUGCCCUGUUACCUGAUAUCCCUGAAGCAAGUAAUGCUAGCCAAACCAAUGAAGAACUGUUCAAGUUUGAACCUGCUAGGGGAACUUGUCGUGUCAUGUGCUUUCAUCCCAGAUCUGACCUGACAGUUCCGUUGAUGAGCAUAGAAGAAAUCAAAGCCAUUAUUCACGAAUGGAUUAAACAAGGAGUAGAGUUGGGUGACAAGUAUGAUUGGGUGCAGAUCUUUGAAAAUAAAGGCGCCAUUAUGGGAUGUUCUAACCCACAUCCGCACUGCCAGAUUUGGGCCUCGUCUUUUAUGCCCAACGAGCCAAGGAUCAAAGAUUUAUACCAACGGGAAUACUAUGAAACCCACAGCCGACCUUUACUACUCGAUUACGUCAAUGCCGAGUUGAAGAAGCAGGAACGAAUCGUUGUGCAGAACAGUCACUGGAUAGUUGUAGUUCCAUGGUGGGCAACUUGGCCAUUCGAGACCCUGUUGGUACCACUCCGUCACGUGAUCCGGAUGUGUGAUUUGACGUCAGAAGAGAUCGACUCAUUGGCUGAAAUAAUGAAACGCCUAACGAUCAAGUACGACAACUUGUUCCGAACAAGUUUCCCAUAUUCGAUGGGAUGGCAUGGGGCUCCAACUGGCCGGAAGGCUCAUUCCAACAAUCAACAUUGGCAGCUGCACGCCAUGUAUUACCCUCCAUUGCUACGAUCGUCCACCGUCAAGAAAUUCAUGGUCGGGUACGAGAUGCUUGGCCAGGCUCAACGAGAUUUAACUGCCGAGCAAGCCGCUCACAAGCUCGUCAGUCAACCGGAAGUUCAUUAUAAAGCAGAUGAAAAUGUGAAAUAGAAAAUCUCAUCUUUUUUGUUUGUAGUAUACCCAAAAGUUGUAGCCACAUGAAAUACGAAUGCAAGUGCUGCUGUGGUUUCCUGCUUGCUAUCCAGUUGCUGCGCGUCUCUCUUUUAUAUCCGGAAAUAAACGAAUUGUUUAUUGA